AUGUACCAUCUUCCAGGCUUCAUCGUACUACGGUCACCGAUGAAUUUCGCAUCAAGCACCCCCUCCCACGUCGACUCCAGCCCAUCAAUCCAUAUCUUCCCUUCCCGAAGAUUAGCAUUCUUCAUCUCCUCCGAACUUCUAUUAACCAUACUUGUCCAGAACUACCUUUCCCCAUUUCGAAAUGGUCUUCCUUCUAUGCCGACAAAGUUCCGCCAUGCUGAGAUUUGGCGUGUUGAUUUGAAACAAGCGGCAAGGGUCUCCUUCGAGAAAGCUUUGGAAUGGGACGCAUUUGUGACCCGGGGGCUCAUCUCCCUGAGGCAAAGUUCAUUCUUCUGGACUCAGGUAGGUCUCGGUGCAAUUGAAAACCUCGCCAUCUUUCUGUUGCAUGCAGCCCUUAACUCUGAUAUACAUGAUUAUUCAGCUUCCUGUACAUUGGAAUAUUUGCGGGGAUACGUGAACCAGAUGCAGGAGGUUCUGGGGGGUUAUGUCGGUUGA